AUAUCCCACCCACUUUCCCUUUCCUUCUCGUCAACGCAUCUCAUUUCAAUCACUUCACAAAUUCAUUCAUUUUUUUAACUAAAUUUUUAGACAGAGAAACUCCGAGUCAAUUCAUUCUUUUUCAAUGGCAACCAAAGUUUACAUUGUAUAUUAUUCUAUGUACGGACACGUACACAAGCUAGCAGAGGAGAUCCAAAAAGGAGCUGCAUCAGUAGAAGGUGUAGAUGCAAAACUCUGGCAGGUACCUGAGAUACUGUCAGAUGAGGUACUUGGUAAGAUGAGUGCACCAGCAAAGAGCGAUGCUCCAAUAAUUUCUCCAAGUGAGCUACCUGAAGCUGAUGGCUUUAUAUUUGGCUUCCCUACAAGAUUCGGAAUGAUGGCUGCCCAAUUUAAGGCCUUCCUCGAUGCAACCGGGGGUCUUUGGAGGACUCAGGAACUUGCUGGAAAGCCUGCUGGACUAUUCUUUAGCACUGGAUCCCAAGGUGGUGGACAAGAAACCACUGCCUUGACCGCCAUCACUCAAUUAACUCACCACGGAAUGAUCUUUGUCCCAAUCGGCUACACAUUUGGUGCUGGCAUGUUUGAGAUGGAGAAUGUGAAGGGUGGAAGCCCCUAUGGUGCUGGAACUUUCGCAGGAGAUGGUUCAAGGCAGCCAACAGAGCUCGAAUUGCAGCAGGCUUUCCACCAGGGGAAGUACAUUGCUACCAUCACAAAGAAGCUCAAGGGAAGCGAGUAAUUGAUUUCUAGAAUUCAAAAAAACAUACAGCGGAUCAUACUCAUUAGAACACAUACACCAUUUGUUUCUUUUACCAUUCUCAAAUCUUUAUUUUUGUGCUAUUUCUGUGUUAUGUAAUAAAUGCUCCAGAUAUGUUUUCUUUGUACUUUUGAAUGAAUGAUAAAGAUUGUGUUAUUUAUGCAUUGAGAGUUUUCGGCUAUUUUCAAGUAA